AUGUCUUUUAAAAAUUUAACACUCCUAUUUUUAACUGUAUUACUUGUGAAUGUACUGCCUACGCUAGCAGCUACAAAUAAAGAUUUUACAAUUAUUGAAACUCCAUGGCUGGUCCUUAUUUCUAAAGACACUAAUAAUCAGAAGAACAACAUGAUAUCAAAGAAAACAUGUCCAGGAGCUUUAAUUAAUCCUCAAGCAGUUUUAACUACGGUUACGUGUCUUGAUUUAAACUUAGAGGAAACUAAAAAUUUAAUUGUCGAAGCUUAUAAUCAAUCUCGUCAAGUUUCACAAGUUAAUCUCAGGGAGUUUAAUCCUCAAUAUUUCUUACACAAUAAUUAUGCUUUAUUAAAACUUUCUGAGCCAUUUUUAUUAAGUUCCAACUUGAAUACUAUCAUUUUGGCAUCGGUUAAUGAGUAUCUAGAUAUUUUAAAAUGUCAACAGCUGACCCACUACGAUACAUCAUCAGAUAAUACGAGUAUUUCUAGAGUAAUGGGAAAAAUUUCAUUUUCAAAUAAUAGUUACUGUUAUCGAGACAUGUCCCAACUACAUAUCAGUUACCAAAAACCUAGCAUUUCCUGGCAUCCUAGUAUCUUGUGCAGCACUCAUUUUAAUAUAUUGCCAUGUAUAAAGUUGCAAGAUUGGUCAGCAAUGGUAAUCUGUCCCCGUAGUAAUGACCCCAACAUCUUUGUAUUAGUGGGAUUUCAACUGACAUUCUUAGUAUUUGAUUCAAAACCUGCAGAGAACAAGCUUACAAUUGGAGAUGAUGAUUGUAUUAUCGUAUAUUCCAACAUGUUUCAAGCAUCGCCUUGGAUAAAAGAGCAAAUUGAUGAUUUCAAUGAUGAUGAGGUUUCAAUUGAAAAUGAAAAUAUAUACUAG